UAACUUGUUUUAUUUAUAGGGUCAGGUGUAUUUUUCAGCCGUGUUUUUUCAAUAUUUAUGAAUGAAAUGGAAUCAACAAAUGAGUGUCACUGCUGUCUGUUGCGCCCUGCGGCGAGAGAUAUGAUGACGCCGUACUCCUGUCUCGGAAUAACGGAGACAUACUCUAUCAUGCUCCAAGCGUGCUUUCUAAUUGACCUAAUACCUGGCAGUGAUGGGAAGAGUGGUAUCUGUGAGGCAUGUGUAGAGCGCUUGCGGGAUGCAUGCCACUUCAAAAUGCUUGUGCAACGCAGUCAGGCCAAGCUGCAAGAGAGGUUGGAGAGAGAACAAAGUGUCAAAGGGCUCAUGGAAAUGGCGAUUGAAGAUGCUGCGCGUGAUGUAGUAUCAUUACACGAAGAAUCUGUGGGCCUAACGCAUGGAGAUGGAAUUUGUCACGAGCCUUCCCUUAUCGAGGAACCAGGGUUCCAGCCGACUGAAGAGGAGCUGUGUGCUGAACCUUGUUUACAUACUGGUCUAGAUGAGUGCUCAGUGAAAUCGGAGACGUCUGGCGACGCGAUGGGAUACGGGGACGUCCGGGGCUGUCCGACCGCGCCGCCCGAGGAAUCAGGGACCCAGUCGAUUCAAGAAGGGAUGUGUGACGAACCCUGUUUACACGAAGAGCUUACAGUGAAGUCGGAGGCGUCGGGCGACGCGGCGAGUGGCGGAGACUGUCCGAGUGUGCCGAUGGAGGAAUCAGGGCUCCCGCCCCCUGUAGGAGCGUGUGUUGAACCUUCUUUACAUAAAGAGGGGUCAGUGAAGUCGGAGGCGUCGGGCGACGAGGCGAGUGGCGGAGACGUCCGAACUGUGGCGCUUGGGGAAUCAGGGUUCCCGCCGACUAUUGCAGAAGAGAGACCAGUGAAGCCGGAGGUGUCGGGCGACGCCGCAAGGGACGUGGACUGUCCGCCUGUGCUGCUUGAGGAAUCAGGGCUCCCGGCGACUGUAGAAGAGUGUUCAACGAAGUCUGAGUCGGGCGAUGAGAGUGACGAGGACUGUCUCAUUCUGGCUCCAUCGGCCGACAGAUGUGGUGCUAGGACGUCUCUGCCUGCUCGCGCUAAGGAACAGCUAGAGAUGGCUUGCUGCGUAAGGCUCGAGCGCCUCCGCGACUCCCCGCGCGCGAGCCAGCCGUGCCCCGCGACACCACACCGCGAGCCGAGCCCCGCCAGCAGUGUGCAGGACGCGUCUGCUCACACACCCGCCGUCAGCGCCGACCCACAAACCUACACCUGCGACACUUGCCAGACACAGUUCACAGACAAGUCUAGUUUAAUCUCACAUAUACAGGAACACAUGAAACAGUCGGAUAAGUCUAACAAAACCUGUUUCAAAAAGGAUAUAUGUAAAAAUAGCUUUACUGAAAAUUCACAAAUUCACACGGAUACCAUCACCUACAGCUGCGAUAUGUGCAGUGAACAGUUUACGUCAAAAUCGAUUUUAAUCCAACAUAUUGAAAUCCAUAACGACCAGAAACGCUUAGAACUGAUAAAACAACGAAGUAUGAAUUCUAUAAAAAAUAUGCCUGAUGGAGUGAAAACAUACAGGUGUGAAGAAUGUAACAAGCAAUUAUCACAUAAAUCAAGUUUAUAUUUUCAUAUAAAAACGCACAGUAAAGUGAAACCAUUCAAAUGUAAAGAAUGUGAUAAGCGAUUUCCAGACAAAAGAAGUUUAAAAUAUCAUGAAAAAAUCCACGGCCCAACAAAACUGUACGUAUGCAAAGUAUGUAACAAACAAUAUACAAAUAUAGCUUCUUUCAAAAGCCAUGAAAAAAUUCAUAGUACACCGAAACCAUACAAAUGUAAGGAAUGUAACAAACGAUUUCAAUAUAAAACUCUUUUAGCUCAACAUGAGUCAAUUCAUACUGGAGUGAAACAAUACCAGUGUAAAGAAUGUAAAAAGCGUUUCGGAUUCAAAACUAGUUUAGAUCGACAUGAAAGACUUCACAAAGGAUUGAAACCAUACACAUGCAAGGAAUGUAAUAAACAAUUUGCACAAAAAGUUGAUUUACAAACUCAUGAAAAAAUUCACGGUGGAAAGAAACCAUACAAAUGUAAAGAAUGCAAGAAGAAAUUUUUACACAAACAUCACUUAGAUGUCCAUGAAAGAUUUCACAGCGGAUUAAAACCAUACGCAUGCAUAGAGUGUGACAAACGAUUUACAACAAUAGGUGAAAUAACCAAACACGAACUAGUCCACAAUGGACUUAGGCCAUACAAAUGUAAAGAAUGUAACAAGCAAUAUAAACAGAAACAUGCGUUAGAUCACCACGUAGAAUCUCGCCAUGGAGAUAAACCUUACAAGUGUAAAGAAUGUAAUAAGCAAUUUGCAACCAAGAGUCGUUUAAGGGGACAUAAAGGAACUCACAGCGGAUUGAAACAAAACAUUAAAACUAAGAAGAAACCAUACACAUGUAAAAUAUGUGAAACAAUUUUCUUACAUGAAACAAGUUUAAUAAAACAUAUUGAGAUACAUAACGACCCGGUCAGACGGGAUGAUCAAAUCGACCAAUUUGAACAGGAAAAAAUUUAGCGUCCACGCGUACAUUACUUAAUCACCAAUUUUAGAUUUAUGGUGUCUUGGCGUGACGUGGCGAAGGCGUUCGUCAGAAUCUGACACUCUGGCCUGGUAUACAAGUUAUACCGACUAGCCAUGUCAGACCCCUCACACAACCUCCAAAGUAAAACCAAGAUCUUUGGUGAUUGUUUUUUUUUAGUGCCAAUGACCUGAGGUCACAAAAAGAUAAGGUGGCUGUCUUUCUAAAAGAUCAUAUUGACAUUUUUCUGGUUCAGGAGAGCUUUGUAAAGGCCUCCUGGGGCAGCCCAAGACUUGCCAAUUACCGUAAUUUAUUACAGGCGCUCACUCCACUGCACGUCAUUCAUGCCGGAGUCUCUCAGGGCUCUGUGCUCUCCCCGGUUCUUUUUACCCUUUUUGUUAACGAUCUGCCAAUUAUUGUUGAAACACAGUAAAUAAUUAUACUGUGUAACAAAGUUAAUGUAUGGAAAAUAAUUAU